AUGUGUGCACCAUUUGCUCCACAAAUCCCAUCAUCUCACACUGUUGUACCACCCUCUGCCCUUCUCUCCCCCACAGCCCGUCGGCAACCCAUCAUAUCCGCCAUGGACUCGUCCAGCAAGCACUCAGCGGACACACCCUCUGAGGACACGGGAAUCGUCCUUGGUAUAAGUAAAGACACAUCCACUAUCACCCUACAAGAAGUGGACAUCGAAACUGUCGAUCCAAAUGUGUCCGCAAGGCAGGGCAAGCCCAAAGCCUUCUGGUUGAUCUUCUUCGCGCUCUCCAUCUCCGUCUUUAUCGUCGUUCUCGAGGGUUCGUCCAUGGGCAAUGUGCUUCCGACGAUUGCGGGCGACUUGGAUAUCGCGCAAUUCACCUGGAUCGGCACGACGUACCAGCUCGCGUCUACUGCGCUACUUCCGCUGAGUGGAGGAUUGGCCCAGAUUUUUGGACGACGGCCUGUAAUGCUCGUGGCCCUCAUCCUGUUUGCUACCGGGGGUGCGGUUUCCGGUUCGUCAAACGGGGAGGCCAUGCUCUUCACAGGAAGAACUCUCCAGGGCCUCGGGGCCGGUGGUGUCCUCACACUCACGUCCAUUGUCCUCUCUGACAUACUACCUCUGCAAGAACGUGGUGUAUACAACGGUCUACUGGGGAUUGUCUGGAGCGGAGCGUCCGGCGUCGGUCCAAUCAUUGGGGGUACAUUCGCGCAGAGCGGUCACUGGCGCUGGUUGUUCUACGUUACUAUACCGAUAUCGGGACUCGCGGCGACACUUGUGCUGAUCUUCGUGAAGCUUCCAAAACCGGACGGGGAUCUGCGUUCUAAACUCAGAAGAAUUGACUGGAUUGGCAAUGCAAUCGUUAUGAGUAGCUCUACUGCCGUUGUAAUCGCUAUGACGUGGGGCGGAGUGGAGUACGCGUGGAUAUCUGCUCCUGUUCUUGUGCCUCUCGUGCUUGGAAUGGUUGGGCUCGGAUGCUUCUUAUUGUACGAGGGUCUCUGCGCAAAAAACCCUCUCAUUCCCUUGUCGGUCAUUCAAAAUCGGACCAGCAUAAGUGGAUACCUGCAAACCGCCAUCCUCUCCGUUAUCCUAACCGGAUUCGCAUGCAAGAAUUCUUCACCUAUCACUUCGGGUUUCGAAUUGCUUGGCGCAGCCCUCACACUUGCGCCGAUGAGCCUUGUCUCGGGCGCGGUCGUCGCGAAGACAGGGCGGUACCGCCCACCGCUGUGGGCGGGCUGGGUGCUUGUUGUCCUCGGCCAGGCCCUACUCAUGCUCCUGCGCGCAGACUCUGCGCGCGUAAUAGCGAUUGUAUUUUCCGUCAUCAUUGGGACUGGCACUGGCUUCGUCUACAGCACGACGUACUUUCCUGUCCUCGCACCGCUCUCCAUCGCCUCGGGCGCGCCGGCGAUGGCGCUGUAUGUCUUUCUGCGCACGUUUGGCCAGGUCUGGGGCGUCGCGAUCGGCGGGUCGGUGCUGCAAAACCAACUUAUGCAGAGGCUCCCAAGCGCGUUCUAUGCGCACUCGUCGCACGGCACUGCGCUCGCGUACGCAACGAUCCCUGUGAUUCCGUACCUUGCAGAGCCGCUGCGGACGCAGGUGAGAACCUCAUUCGCGGACAGUCUGGCGGCGCUGUGGCGCGUGCAGCUUGUCAUCGCCGUAGUAGGGCUCGUCGUGAGCUUUUUCAUGCGAGGGCUUCCCCUCCACACGGAGACGGAUCGCGAGUGGGACACAUCGGGCGUGAAGAGGAAUGAGUAG